AUGGGUGUGACGGACGAGCGGGUGAGGCGGGUGGGUGAACUGCUCACCUCCAUCAGACUCAUCAAGCUCUACGCCUGGGAGACCUGCUUCGCCACCGCCAUCACCGGGGUCCUGUGGGUGAAUAGAGGUCCUGUGGGUGAACUGGGUCCUCGGCAGGAGCGGGCGCUGCUGGAGCGCUGCGCGUACCUGCAGAGCCUGGGCCUGGCGAUGGCGCCCACCGUCCCCGUCAUCGCCGCCAUCGUCACCUUCGUCGCCCACAUCGCUGCUGGCAACAACCUCACCCCCGCCCAGGCCACGUCCGUGAUGGGGCUCAUAGGGCUGGUCCACUUCGGGCUGGACUGCGUCACGUUCUGCGUCCAUCAUCUGAGGGAGGGGCAGGUGUCCUUAGGGCGGCUGCAGAGCGUCCUGCAGCUGCAGGAGCGGCAGGCGUACGUCACCGGCGCUCCUGCAGAAGGCGCUGCAGUCGCGCUCAGGCGCGCCUCCUUCGCCUGGCCGCCCCUGCACAAGCCCGUGCAGUCCAGUAAGGCCGGCAGGGCGCUGUCGCCCGCCCACAAGAUGCUGCUGGACGCCCGCGGCGCCGCCCAGCCUCUGCUCUGCGACAUCAGCCUCUCCGUCGCCAAGGGGGAGCUGGUGGGGGUGUGCGGGGGUGUAGGGAGUGGCAAGUCAUCCCUCCUUCAUGCCAUCCUGGGGCGCAUGACACUCCUGGGGUACGACGACCUCUCUGUGGGGGGUCUUGACGAUGCCCCAGCCUCAGGGGAAGAGGAAUUCGAUUCAGAAAAAUCCCCCGCGUUGGGGAAGAAUGACGGAAUUCCCCAUCAGCCGGGGACCGUGGCCGUUCAGGGGGACAUCGCGUACGUGGGGCAACAGGCGUGGAUCCUAAACGCCUCCGUCAGGGAUAAUAUCCUCUUCGGGGAGCCUUUCGAUCCCCUCAAAUACUACCGCGUGGUGUACGCGUGUAGCCUGACCCAGGACCUGGACGCUCUGCCUGCUGGGGACCUGACGGAGGUGGGGGAGCGCGGCGUCAACCUCUCCGGGGGGCAGAAGCAGCGCCUCUCCCUCGCCCGGGCGCUCUACUCCAGCAGGAGUGUCUACCUACUCGAUGACCCACUCAGCGCCGUCGAUGUCCAGGUGGGCUGGCACAUAUUCAGGUGGGCCAUUAAGACAGGCCUUAAGAAGGCCACGGUCAUCCUGGUCACCCACCAGCUGCAGUACCUGCCUGAGUGUGACCGCGUGGUGCUGCUGCAGGGAGGACGCAUCAUAGAACAGGGGCCUCAUGCGCAGCUCAUGCGCGACGAUGGUGAAUACGCAGCCCUCUACACCAGUCACCAAAACGCCACAAACCCCCAAAACACCACCAACUUUCAAAACACCUCCAACCACCAGAACACCACCGACCCCCAAAACACCACCAACCCUCAAAACACCUCCAACCCCCAAAACAUUACCAACGACCAGAACACCACCGACCCCCAAAACAAAACCAACCCUCAAAACACCACCAACCUCGCGAACUGCAAGACCCCCAUCUCCAGGACCAGAAGUUCUUCCGCCGGUCACGUGAAGGCCCUCGACCGCUCCUACACCGACGUGUCCUUUGAAAGCUGGCGCCGUAAACGCACCGUCUCGAGCGCCUCUACGGGUAGCGCUGCCUAUGGGGGAAACGUGGCCAUCGGGGGACCUGUUAUGGAGGAAGAGGAUGGCCUUGUCGCUUCCCUCUAUAGUGACUCCGGUAAUCUUGUUGACCAUGACUCACGACCCUCUUCAUUCUCUGGGGACCGUCGGGCCAGUUCCAUGUCAGGGCCAAAGGACCCAAAAGUAAUCCCUGGCGGGGCCAUCACGACCGAGGAGCGCGUGCAGAGCGGCAGUGUACAGCGGUCAACCUUCUUUGCGUACAUCAACGCUGCUGGGGGCAUGUGCGUGGCCGCUGCUGUGGUCCUAAGCUUCGGUGUUAACGUCGGCACGACUGCCUUCAGUUCGUGGUGGCUGUCCCACUGGCUUGCGGCUGGCAGCGGUGCUAACAUUAGUCACGUUGAAAACAUCGGUCACGUUGAUAACAUCACUGAUAAUGUGGGAUACAACAGCACCGGCCUCAGCAACAGCACAUGGGAUAUCAACAGCAACAACACGAGUCCUGUUGGCAUCAACGUGACAUUCGAUAGCAGCAACAACAUCGCAGACAACCCACACCUCAACUUCUACCUGAGCGUCUACGGCAGCACCGUGAUCUUCAUCCUAGCGACGUCGCUGCUGCGUGGAGUGAUCUUCAUGAAGACCAGCAUCCACGCGUCCACGCGCCUUCACGACCAAGUCCUCAACGUCGUCUUCCGAAGUCCCUUAACCUUUUUCGACACGACUCCCGUGGGUCGCAUCCUAAACAUUUUCUCAAGGGACAUGGACGAAGUGGAUGUUCGACUACCUAUGAGCCUGGAGAUGUUCCUGCAGAACAUUUGGUUGGUCAGCUGUUCGCUGCUGCUUGUAUGCCUCGUCUUCUGGCAGUUCCUGCCAAUGUUAGUGAUCCUCGCCAUCAUCUUCAUGGUCAUCAGAAACAUCUUUAGAAUCGGCAUAAGGGACUUCAAACGCCUUGAGAACGUCUCCCGGUCCCCGCUCUACAGCCACGUUAGUACGACACUUUCAGGACUUGACACCAUCCACGCCUACGGUAAACAGGACCUCUUCUCUAACAAGUUCUACUACCUCUUCGAUGAAAGUUCGACGGCUUUUUACCUUUUCAACUGCGCCAUGCGGUGGCUGGCAAUAAGACUGGACAUGUUGGCCCUCGGGGUGACCACAUGCACCGCUAUUCUCACUGUCCUCCUGCGUGGGCAAGUGGCGGCUGCGUUCGCGGGUCUUGCACUGGCUUACUCCUCCCAGCUCUCCGGUAUAUUCCAGUACACUGUACGACUCAGCACAGAAACCGAGGCCAGAUUCACUUCAGUUGAAAGAAUUCAGUCUUACAUAGAAACCCUUGAGAGUGAAGGGCAGCACUCGGAGGUGAUACCUCCGGCGACGUGGCCCACCCACGGCCGCAUCUGCUUCAGGAACGUGGCCAUGCGCUACCGCCACAACACGCCCCUCGUCUUCAGGGACCUCUCCUUCGACGUGCAUGAGGCUGAAAAAAUUGGCGUGGUGGGGCGCACGGGGUCAGGCAAGUCCUCGCUGGCGGUGUGCCUCUUCCGGCUGGUGGAGCUCAGCGCGGGCGUCGUGCGCAUCGACGGCGCUGACAUCUCGAAGCUGUCGCUGCCGCACCUGCGCUCCCGCCUCUCCGUCAUCCCGCAGGAUCCCGUCCUCUUCAGCGGCACCGUCAGACACAACCUAGACCCGCACGCCCGUCACCCCGACGCGCGCGUGUGGUGGGCGCUGGAGCGCGUGCAGCUGCGGGAGCGCGUCGCUGCGCUGCCCCUGCAGCUCGCUGACGGCGUCGCUGAAGGCGGCGACAACUUCAGUCUGGGGGAGCGACAGCUGCUCUGCCUCGCCAGGGCGCUGCUUAGGGACAGCAAGAUCCUGGUGCUGGACGAGGCGACUGCAAGCAUUGACACAGAGAGCGACUCGCUGGUGCAGUGCGCACUGCGCACGGCGUUCGCUCACUGCACGCUCAUCAUCAUCGCGCACCGCGUCAACACCAUCAUGUGGUGCGACCGCAUCAUGGUCAUGGAGGCCGGCACCAUCGCGCAGCUUGAUUCACCUGCCAACCUCAUGCGCGAUACUAAUGGCAUAUUCGCGCGCAUGUUGCUGCAUGCGCAUACUGCUGAGCCAUGAGUCAUGAGGCACUUCUGAGUCAUGAGUCACUUCUGAGUCAUGAGGCACUUCUGAGUCUUGAGUCACUUCUGAGUCAAGAGUCACUAUCCCGUACGGUACAACCAUGUAUGGUAAUGCCAUUGCCCCGACUGUGCACCAUGCGAUGUACAGCAAGUACUAGUACCUAUACCAUGCACAACUUUUGCUCAUAUAUGUGGCCUCCUGUUGUUGGUAGGAACAUUCCUGUUGUUGGUACGUGGCCUCCUGUUGUUGGUACAUAGCCUCCUGUUGCUGGUACGUUUGGCCUCCUGUUUCUGGUACGUUUGGCCUCCUGUUGCUGGUACGUUUGGCCUCCUGUUGCUGGUACGUGGCCUC